AUGAAGAUCGUUUCGCCCCGGGAUUUGAACUAUCCCGUCACCGUCAUCGACCUCCUCAAGAAGCGCGACGAUGACGUACAGCGGUCGGGGAAGCUAUUCAAUUACAGCUAUGACAGUCGCGUCACCGAGGGCGACAAGUGGGGAGGCGAGAAGACUGUCAUGAAGAAGUUUAGGCAGACAUUCGCUGCAAGUACUGAGGGAAAGAUCACGCGAUGGUUCAUCAAGCCUGGCACUGUCAUUGAGAAAUAUGGAACCCCCCUUCUUGAGAUCGAGGAGCCAUGUACCCACGAGACACAGUUUGGCGGCCUCUGCGUCGACUGCGGCAGAGAUAUGACACAAGUCGACUACCUCACCAAGGAACUCGAUCUAGGACGCGCGACGGUGAACAUGGCGCACGACAAUACCGCGCUCCUCGUCAGCCAUAAAGAGGCGGUAGCUGCAGAAGAGGACGCGAAGAAGCGUUUACUGAGCGCGCGAAAGCUGACCCUUAUCGUCGAUCUGGACCAGACCGUUAUCCACACCACCUGCGAGCGCACCAUUGCCGAAUGGAAGAACGACCCCGAGAACCCGAACCACGAUGCUGUUAAAGAUGUGGAAGGCUUCCAGUUGGCUGACGACAAUGUCUCCAACGUGGCUGCAAAUUGGUACUAUGUUAAGAUGCGCCCCGGUCUCAAGGACUUCUUCGACCGAGUUUCGAAGCUCUACGAGAUGCAUGUCUACACCAUGGCCACCCGAGCGUAUGCGCAAGCAGUCGCAAAGAUUAUUGAUCCCGAGCGCAAGUACUUCGGUGACCGCAUCCUCAGCCGCGACGAGAACUAUACAGACAAGCUGAAAAGUCUGACGCGACUCUUCUACCAGAACACGGCAAUGUGCGUUAUCAUCGAUGACAGAGCAGACGUCUGGCAAUACAGCCCGCACCUCGUUCGCGUCCCCGUUUUCAACUUCUUCCCAGGCGCCGGAGACAUCAACGCGAGCUUCCUACCUAAGCAGCAGGAGCUCGUAUCAUUCGCGAAGGACAAAUCCCCCCCAACCCCGAAGAAGGCCACGAUCGAAGCCGCGCCUACAAACAUCGUCUCUGUGGCGGGCAAACCGCUCGAAACAACUCCAACCAACGUUACAAAUGGUGAUCUGAAUGAGCUGGGACAGCAACUCAUAUCCUUGGCCGCAACCGAAGACCUGGAGGAGCAGGCCAAGGAGCGGGAAAAGCUUAUCAUCGCGCAGCAAACCGAGCGGCCUCUGCUGCAACAACAGCUCAUGCAAGACAAGGAAGAUGAAGAGGCAGAUGAUACAGAGGCACCUGUUGAGGACUCACCGCAAGUCGAACACCACAAGGCCCGACAUAGUAUUCUCAACAACGACGAUAGAGGACUGGAUGUUAUUGAACAGAACCUCAAUCUCGUCCACCGCACAUUUUACGACGAGUACAGGAAGGCCAGAGGAAAGGCGCCUGCAGAUGGUCGCGUCGCCGCAUUGAAGGGUGAGAAGAGCCCGAAGAAACGCUCCAUGGAAGACUUCAUCCCCGACGUUGCCGAGAUUAUGCCGCGCAUCAAGGGCGAAGUGCUCGACGGUGCAGUGGUCGUCUUUUCCGGCAUCAUUCCGCUUGGCGUAGACGUCCUCACAUCCGACUUCGCCCUCUGGAUCUCGUCCUUCGGCGCAGAAGUAACAACAACUGUAACUCGCCGCACAACCCACGUCAUCGCCAACCCCGACCGCAAAACCACAAAAGUAAAGCGCGCCGCCCGCUACCCCCACAUCAAAAUCGUAAACCCGGAAUGGAUGUUCCAGUGCUGCACCAGGUGGGAGCACGUAGAUGAGACACCGUAUAUUAUCGAGACAGAGGCAGCGGGCUCACCUGUCGCUGAUCUAGAAGAUGAAAGCAUCGACGGAACAGGCGACGAAGCAAAUGACGACGGCGCACCACAAUCCCCUAUUGUAGAGAUGUCGAAUGACGACUGGGCACAGCUAGAUGAUGAGUUGGCGGAUUUUAUGAACGCGACGGACUCAGAAGCCGGUAGCGAAUCAGACUCUGAUAGUGUGAGGUCGGAAAACAGCACAGCCUCCGCAUCCAUAUCCGACUCGAAACAGAAUGGUGGUGCUGGCAGUAAAAAGAAACGCAAACGCACCAGCACCAAUUCCACAGAGGGAAGUGAAGCCGAGAACACAGAGGAAAGCGAUAGCAGUGUCAACAGUAAUAGCACAACGAGCAGGCUGCAACGGCGGAAGAAGAGGACUAUGGAACGCGUUACGUCACUUACCAAUGUCGUUCUUGCAGAGAGUAAGAGUUCUGGUCUGCCUAGUCCAGAGACGACAGGUCCAGAAGAAGAUCAGGGAGAUGAAGUUGACGGAGAGGAGAAGGUCUUGAAUCCGGAAGCAAAUGGUACUGCACCAGAUCUCCAAGACGACUACGAUGAUGGACUUGAGGCGGAAUUGUUGGCAGGAUUUGGGGAUAGUGAUGAGGAGUAG